GGAUAGCACAACUCGGCACAACACCCUCCCUGCUGUACAGCUCCACGCACUUGGGAAGGCACGGCUUUGCUAAAUUGUGAUAAUGGCAACAUAUUUUGGAGAGGUUUUAUCUGUUUACUCGAGGGCGGUGGAAGAGGAUGAAUACGACGAUUUAGAGGACGAAAAUGAAGAAGAUGUACAAAUUCGACGGGAAAUAGAGGAGAAAAGGGAGGUGCAAGUUAGGUGGUGUCCAGAAGUUUCAAAAACCCUGGAGAGCUCUGGACAGCUCCAAUGUUCUAAUAUGAUCAUAGCAGUGGGACCCAGUGCUGCAGGUUUUGUCUCUGCGUAUGUGCUGAGUGCUGAAGGUUGGACACAGGUAGGAUGGGUUUCUUUGUGGAAUGAAAGGAGCCGUGGUUCCAGUCGACCAGACACAGUUCCUCAGCCCGGAGAGCCGAGCUUCAUCAUAUACCAGCAGAACAGCUCGCCAUCUGUACUCAUCUGCCAGUGUACAUGUUACAUUGCUGAAGACCAGCUGUUCCAGUGCGCUGAAAAAGUGUUGAGCAGCGUGCAGAGGAGAGGCCUGAAUGUGACUGUUCUUUCCGACUCUACUCUGGCCGAGUAUAAAACUCCAGACUACCUGAAUGGAAGUGGUACUCCAUUCCUGCGUGCACUGAAAACCAGCUCUUACACAGGCUCCAUGCUCUGCCCUCUGCUAGAGCAACCCAACAUUGUUACCGGCCUUCCUGCUGCAGUGCUCAGCCACUGCCAGGUUCAGCGCAUCCCAGCCGUGCUCUUCCAGUGCUACACUGAUGUCCUUCACCCAGACUCAGUUACCAUGGAAACCUAUAAACCCGCCCUCUCAUGUCUCAGCACAUCAGUGAAGCUGGAGGCCUGCCCAAGUGUGGAGGUACUACAAAAGUUAACCCAGAUCAGUGAUGCCCAAAGCAACCUCUACACAUAGAGGCAGCACUUUAGUGGUUCUGAAGUGUACAAUGCACAUGUUUCCUUUUGUUUUGUAAAAUAUCUAUUUUUAUGGCUAUUAAACACAGACACUGUUCAAUGUG